GGGGGCCGGUCGCCGCGCGGCAUACACGGAGCCAUCUUGCCCGCGGUCGUCGAAUCGCUCGCGUCUCCGCGCCUCGGAUCGCCCUUAAUUCGCACUAAUUAACCUUUUUACAAUAAUAAAAACAAUCAAUACAGUGCCCCAAUAUAGACAACAGUGUCAUAAACAGUGGUUAGAACAAUUGUUGACAUAGAUUGUGUGUGUGUUGUGUUGUUUUAGGUGUGUGCAUACCGUCUGUCUAGGUGAGUAGUCACCAGUCUUUGUGCGCGACAAUUAUCAUUCUGAUCGAUUCGGUCCGCGCGGGGGUGUGCAGCCGGCCCGUUUUAUAUCUUUUGUUGUUUUGUAACGCUGCUAAAUCAAUAAUUUUAGUGGCGGCUACUCGGCUAGCGGCCAUCGCUACGUUCUUAAUUCAAACACUUUGACGUUUCGAAUGCUCUGCAAGCUUUAGGUGUUUUAUAGCGAACGGACUAGUACAGUUAGUUUAACGAGUUUCUUUGUAUGUAACGUCUUUGAAUCGCAAAUAGGCGUGCGAAAGUUAUUUCGCGGAGUGUAUUUCUAAACUGUAAUCGAAAAUUCUACAGAUAAACUGUGAUAAGUGUCUCCGUUAGCUAACUGUUGUAAAGGUAGUGCAAGCUAGUGGGCGAAAUAUGCGCGAAGUGACAAUGUGUAGUGCAAGUGAAGUGCAGUGAAGUGACACGCAGUGAAGUGAAGUGACCAGCAUGGCAGCAUCCGACACUAGGAGUACGGGUUCUGAAUGAUAGCUGCCACUGAAGGCGUGGUAUGGACAAGGAGAACGGAGAGGGCGACGCGUCCUCCAAGCAGCCGCCCGACGGACUGCUCGACCCAGCUGGACUCUUCGGAGCUUACUGGGGGCGAGAUGGCGGAGGCGGCGGCGCGGCCGCCCAGGCGCAGGCGCAGGCGCAGGCGGCGCUGUUCGGCUUCGGCUCGCGCUACCCGCCGCCCACCACGCUCGGCGUGGCCGCCAACCAGGCCGCCUCGCUCGGCCUGCACCCCGCCGCCAGUGCAGCAUGGUGGUCGAUGGCGUCCCACCUGGCGGCGCAGGACUACCUGGCGCGGCUGCAGGCGUCCGGCCUCAACUUCCCCCACCUGGGAGACCCUUACGCAGCCCUGUCCGCGCUCUCGGGCUCCGGCAUGAAGCAACCCUCCAAGCCUGUCAAGCAGUCUAGCAGAAACGACAGGUCUAACCGCAGCAGUGCGUCCAGCGUGUCCGCGAAGGACAAGAGUCCGUCCACCAGCACGUCCAGCUCGCAGCCCAACAUCGCUGACUGGGGUUCCACAUAUGGUUUCCCAAAAACGUCAUCUCCGUCAACGAUGCCUUCCCAGUCCAUGUCCAGCCUGGCCUCGCUGAACAACCUCGCGCAACAACCCCUGCACUCCAAGUCCAGUAAGCAGCCUCAACCACCCCCACCGAGAAAGAGCUCAUCCUCUUCGAAGGAGAAGGAGCGCGACGUGUCUCGUGGUGAUCUGAUGCUGCACGCCGCGCAUUCCGCCUACCACGCCGCGCUAGCUGCUGCCAAGGGAAAGAACAUGUCAUCUUUAUAUCCAUUUGGAGUGGGCUCUGAGAAGGACAGGCGGGGUGGUAUAGACGCGCUUACUGGCUUGCCUCAUACUAUACUCAGUGAUCCAUCAUCAGUGUUGGGAGGAGUGAGACUGCCUCCGGACACCGAGAUCAUCAAGUAUACCUCCUCUUUGGCGGGACCAAAGUCAGCGCCGGGCAGCACGAACCGCGGCCGCAAGAAGACGAUAUCUCUGGACCCGCCGCACGUCUCCGUGCAUCCGCCCGCGCCUACCAAAAGGCAGAAAGUGGACGAGUACGGCAACUCCCGCUCGUCGGUGGAGGUGAUCCGUCUGCCCAACAAGCCGGAGCGAGGCGCCAACUCAGUUUCCGGUACGCCGCCGCCUAACCUUUCGGACUAUGCGGGUAUAUCGCGGGAGCUGCUGCAGACGAUCGCCUCUCAGAGCGGAGUGAGUCUGGCGGCGCUGGAGCGACAGCUGGCAGGCUCCACGGCGGCGGCGGAUUCAGGACUCAACCUGAGCACAAAGUCCAACAACAGUUCCGAGGACGCGCCGAUGGACCUCGGCCUGAAGGACGACGACGCGCCUCUCAACCUCUCCUUGAAACCCACACCGCCGAGCUCACAAGCUUCGGACGCACUGUCGCGUCUGACGUCACUGAGCAGUUCACUUAGCGCCUCCAAUGACAGGAUAUCACGACGGAAGCCCGGCGCGAAGCCGCGUCGCGUAGCGCCAGAAGUCAACUCUCAGGUGGCAGACUCUCCUCGACCCAAGUCCAGUGGUAGCGAGGAUAGCGAAUCAGUUUCCUGGCCCUCGAGAGAAGGCCGGCCCCGCAACUUAGGGCGCGGGGUCAGCAAGCCCAAGAAGAAUACGGUAGCCUCGCUGCUGGCGCAGAGCAGAGCCCUAGGCCUCCGCCCCGCGCUCGCUCAGCAGCUGCUAGCUGAAACCGACCUGGACAAAUUGCGGGCACUGCUCGGCGAAAGCGUGAGCACGGACUCGGAAUGUCCGUCCGACAGCAACCCUUCUGACUCCGAUGCUAGCGACGGCGGCCGGCGGCACAACGACUCGCAACUGCGCUUGCCUCUUGCGCUUGGUUGGAAGCGGGUGACAGUGAUCAAGGGUCUGUCGCGCAACUGCAACAUCAAGGGCGACGUGUCGUACACGCCGCCUGAGCCGCACGCCGGCCUGCAGAUCAAGUCUGCACAUGAAUUGCACACAUUCCUGGAAGCGAACCCCAGUCCGCCCCUGUGCCGGGAUAACUUCAGUCUGAGCGCACGCACGCUUUUGGGGGAGUACAUACAACCGUCCCCGGACAACUCGGAGCCGCUCGUGUUCAACGAGGCUGAGAUCACUAAACGGCUAGAAGAAGCGCGCGCGCUGGCUGCUCUCAGCGGGCGCCCGACGCCGCCGCCGCUGGAGCGCCGCAUGGAGCUGGCGCGGCGACAGCAGGCCGCCAGAGAGGCCAGGAAGGACGCCGGCGGCCGGGGGAGAGACCAGGCCUCUCGUCUAGUCCGCGAUUACGAGAGAUCGGAAAAGGCGGAAUACGUCAAACGUGAGAAGGAAGCUCGCAGUCAACAUUUACUAGAGCAAAUCAACAAGAACCGGUCGCAACUUACGAUCGAGGCGUUGCCAACGCCUAAAGGUUUGGACGAAUGGAAAAUGCCCGAAAUCGUCAUGGGACCGGCAACCAAGCCGAACAAAGACCGAACCAUGCCGCAAAUUAGUCUGUCCCUAAUACCAGUCAGUGGUCUAAAAGAGAAUACUCCAAUUAAAACAAUGAACUUAGACCACAAUUGGAAAGAAACAGAGGAAUACAAUGCCUUAGAUAAAAUGAAAGAUUUCGCCGAGAAAGCGGCUUUCGAUCUCCCAAAAAGACAGAGCGACAAGUACUUUGAUUUCUCAUUAAUAAAAACUCCCGAUAAAAGAAAACCAGAGAAGGAGAACAAUCUAGAAAAACUCAUAGAAUCAUAUUCGAGGAUAUCCGAGUUCAUAAACGGCUGCAACUGGUCCAAGCUCGACGACGCCAAAAAAGACGAUCCAAAAAGUCUCGAGCAAAAGUACUUGGACGCCAAAAACGAAUUUAUGACCCAAAAUUUAAUGUUGAUGCCCAAGGAUAGCCAAAAGUCUGUACUAAAAGAUGUCAUAGAUUUAAGCGGCGAGGAUGAAAUAUUGACAGAUCUUAUAGCAAAAAAUAUUAGCAAAGGGACAUUUAACGUUGGAAAAGACGGUGCAUUGUCGAUAUCCGUGCAACCGAUGGGGAAGGACGUUAGUCCGGCUAAAAAGAGGAAACAGGAGGAGUUAGAGAAGCAGAAAAUAGAAGAACAGGCGAAAAAGCAACAGGAACGGGAAAUAAAACGGCAACAAUCUAUGCUUCUAAAGGAACAGCAAAAGUUUAUAACAGAGGAACGCGAAAGAAGAAGGCAGCACACCACUUUCAUACGACAACUGGACUCCAGAAGGAGAUGGGAGGAGAGGGAGAGAAGAAAACAUCAAAACCUCCUCGACCGGUUGCUGGUGAAGGAGAAGAAAUUGCAACAGAGACGGAAAGAAAUGGAGUUAUUAUCUGAACUCAGACGGCCACAAGAAGACUCAUCAUUAUCAGACCAGAAGUCUCUCCCUGAUCUACAUCGGAUACCCGGGCUCAAAAUACCGGGGCAGGCGAUGGCUGACCUCUUGCAGGUCUUCGAAUUCCUGCACAACUUCGGCCAGGCGCUUGGUUUUGAAGUGGAUUCCCUCCCGACACUGAACUCUCUACAAAUGGGUCUCAUACCCAACUGCAGCCAGGAGGCAGAGGAGGACCUCCUCAGCAUACUCACCCGACUUCUCGUUAUUGCUAUUGAGGAACCGGGUAUCCCGCACCCCGGGCGCCAUACCACGCUAUUGGGGCACGCGCUGCGGCUGGCCGAGCUCACGCCGGCCACGCUGAGCGAGGUGCUGCGCAUCUAUCUCUACGCCAACGCCACUGCAGAGAUCAAGGCUCUCACAGGGUUGACGGUGGAGCGCGAGCGAGACCGGCGCGUGGCCGACCACCACCAAACCGACGCGGAGAUACAGCUGACGUGCGCCACCACCAAGAACGGCUCCUACUACGAGCACCUGCACAAUAACGCCACCUACAAACUGUCUGAACUCCUGCGAGACAAGCCAUUCGUCGCGCUGAACCCGUCCAGCAAGGCGCGCAUCCUGGCGCGCGUGUGCGACGAGCUGCUGCAGAGCCGCGCCGUGCUGCGCCAGCUCGACGCGUCGCUCGACCACCUCGCGCAGCUGCGCCGUGACCGCUACCUGCUCGACACCAAGAUACGCAAAGUACGCGUGCUCCAGCAACGAAAAGCGCGCGCUGAGGCUACUGAGAGACAACAGGCGCUUGCUCUAGAGCGCAUGCACAGACUUGUCGACGACUCUUCGCAUCAUGCGAGCACGGAUACUGAAAAGAGCGAAACACCGAAGAAACGCGACAAAGAAUCGUCGCCACAUUCCGACGACAAGGCAAACACUCCGUCCCCAUACAAAGACACGCCAGACGGGAGCGACAAGGAAUUGUCGCCGUUGAAGGAACUCAGCAGUAUGAGCGACAAAGAGAUGAUGAAUAACAAUAAAGACGAUUGUUCUCCUCAUGCUAAGACAGACAGUGUUAUGGGUGACUGCGACGCCGGACUCAGCGAACCUGAGAGUGAGGGCACGCAGCCUGAGGAGGAUGAAGACAAGAAUCUAUCGUCAGAAGAACUGGCGAGGAAGCUCGAGAAGCUGACGCGACAAUCGGAGCAGCAGCUGAUAGCGCUGGCGGCCGGCUCGCACGCGCUUAGAGCCACAUGCUAUGGACAGGACAGAUACUGGCGCAGGUACUGGUCCCUCGGCAAGUCUGGGGGCGUGUUUGUGGAGGCUAUGGAGUCCGCCCAGCCCGAGAUAUUGGACUACCAGGCCAAGUUGGAAGAGGCCGCCGCCGAACCGGCGCCCAAGGUCAAAAAAGCAAAAGAGAAGUCCGAGCUGGAAGAGGAAGCAGAAGACUCGGAGCAGAGCCGGGAGGAGGACGAAGCUGCGCAGGCGCUGGAACUGAGGAGCAUUAAAAGCGAGCUGAACCUCAGCGACCGCACGCAGAUCAUCAAAUACGAGCCCAACGUGACCCAUGGAGCGUGCAAGGUGGAAGGUUCAAUCAAAAUGGAAGAGAAAUACAUCCAGCAGCAGCAGAGCCAUGAGGAAGAAGACAUGCUUGACAUAGAGGAUUCCAUACCUACCGCGUUCUUGGUUCAAAAACCUACGCACAAACCAAUGUUCGCAACCCAAGCCGAACCUAUGGACAAGCCACAGGAAAUCAUCAAAGUAGAAAACGUUGUCAAGACAGAAGAAGAAGAAACAGAGGAGAACAAAGACAAUCUCGUAAACAACUUAGAAGAAUUACGCAAAUUGGCAGAAGCAGUAUCCUCCCAGUUGGACGCAGCCAAAAAGGCGGAAUCGGAAAAGUUGGAAAACGAGGCGAAAAACGUCAAAACGGAACCAGAAAUCAAAAGCGAAGUUUUGGAAACAGAUUCCGCACAUUCUACUCUUUACACAAAAAUGUUGGAAGGCAAAUGGUUUUCAAUACUCCGUCAUGAGAGCUCAUUCCUUACAAGCAUUAAUGAAGAAAAGAUAUCAGAUAUACCAGUGUUCUGUGACAAUGAACACACUUGCAGUGAAGUGAUUAACUGUCAAGGUCACAAAUGGGAUGUGUCAAAUAAUUUGCACUUGUUGAAUGACCCUAGUCUGUUUACUUUAAACUCUAUGGUGACUAGUGUCCAAGUGCCGUCAAAUAUGGUGUAUUCUGAUUCUAGUUUGACCAUGUCUGGACUUGGUCAAGAAAUGUUGGAUUCCAGUGUGAACAAAGAAAGUAGCGUCCAGGACGCCGAAAUUGAAGAGGAAUGCAAAGAACAGGACAAUGACCUGGAAAAGGAACUACAAGCGGACGCUAACAAGGAGUUGGCACUACAGAAGGCCAAAGCAUCCAACCUGUCCAGCUUGGGGCUCCUGAACUUUAACGCCCUGUCCACCUAUGUGACAUGCGACAGCCCACCGCCCAUACAGAUGUCACCUGAAGAGCUAGAACAGUUGGAGCACUGCAAGGUGCAUGGCAUGCCCGUGAAGAUUGAAGGCAGUUACGUGCCGAAGGAUCUGAGAUACGGCUGGUGGCGCAUAACGGAGGAGGAGCAACUCAAGCAGCUGUUGGAAGCGCUGCACCCGCGCGGCGUACGCGAGCGUGAGCUGCAUGCGUCCUUCCUGCACCACCUCGCCACACUCAACAACAAGCUAUACAUAGACCAUGGCGACAGUGGCAGUCAGCUGUCCGCCACGUCGGCAGAGCGACUGAUGGCGCGGGGUGGCGGGUACCCAACUCCAGAUGAGCCCAACACUUUCUGCGCCGUCACCGCCAGGAGGGUGGACAUGCAACUGCUGGCUACGGUGGAGGCAUUAGAAGAGCGAGUCGCAGCGGCAUCUAUACAAGUAAAAGGUUGGCGGGCGACGCGGCUAGUGCUGCCCUCAUCUGCGACGGGCGCGGAGAUAGUAGCUCGCGCGAGACACAAGCUGGCCUCACUUGAGGCGCACAUCGAGAGGCGGUACCUCAAGCCGCCACUAGUGCAGAGAUACAAUAGUAGGACACCCAUAAUGGAAGACCCUAUAACACAAAGCACGACGGAAGCAACGCUCGGCGCGGCGGUGAUGCAGGGCGAGCAUGGCAACGCUCCCCCCACCUCGCCGCACCCCGACACCGCUUCCGAUACCAAGACUGACAACAAGGGCAUAGCCCGCGGGCUGGCGACGUGGCGCGAGGCGGUGUCGCGCUGCAACACGUCGGCGCAGCUCGCCAUGCUGCUGCAGGCGCUCGAGUCGGCCAUCGCCUGGGACAAGAGCAUUAUGAAAGCUAACUGCCAGUUUUGUUUAUGCGGUGACAACGAAGACCAGCUGUUACUGUGUGACGGGUGUGAUAAAGGAUAUCACACUUACUGCUUCAAGCCGCGGAUGGAGAAAAUACCUGAAGGGGAUUGGUACUGCUGGGAGUGCGUGAACAAGGCGCGCGGCGGCGGGCGCGAGCGCGUGUGCAUCGUGUGCGGCGGCUCGGCGCGCGGGCGCGCGCUGCCGUGCGCGCUGUGCGUGCGCGCCUUCCACCUCGACUGCCACUACCCGCCGCUGCUCAAGAUGCCGCGCGGCAAGUGGUACUGCUCGCAGUGCAUCUCGCGCGCGCCGCCCAAGAAGCCGCGCAAGAACACCAAGCGCGACAGCGGCGCCAAGCACAAGGACGCCGCGCGCGACAGCGCCGACAUCGACGCCGCCAUGGUGCCCAGUCCAGCGGCUUCGCACGCGUCAACGUCGACAACAGCGGAGGAGGCGCCGCGCGCGCACACGCCCGACAAGGAGGCCGACAAGCUCGACGAGCCGCUCGCCGAGCCCGCGCCCGCGCCCUUCAGCGAGCCGGAGAACGGCAUCAACCACGAUAUUGUGGUGCCGGAGCUGCCGCCGGAGGACGGUCCGCCGGCCGAGAAGCGGAGGGCGCUCCAGUUCGUGGCCGGCAACGGAGCCCUGCAGCACGACGAGAGCGACCUCGUCGACGGACCCGUGGAGGAACGCGAGUCUGAGAACCUGCCACUUCUAUCGCGCGCCAAAAAAGAAAAAAACAGUGCCAAAAAACAAAACAAAGAUAUGCAGUUUUGCAAAAACCUGCUGUGCGAGAUGGAGUGCCACGAGCACGCGUGGCCGUUCCUGGUGCCCGUCAACACGAAGCAGUUCCCGCAGUACCGGAAGGUCAUCAAGUGUCCCAUGGACCUCUCCACCAUCAAGCGGAAACUCCAUGAUUCAGGAUACAAAUGCAAAGAAGAAUUCGCUUCAGACGUUCGUCUGAUCUUCAGUAACUGCGAAGUUUUCAACGAAGACUACAGCCCGGUGGGUAGAGCUGGCCACUUCAUGAGGCAGUUCUUUGAGGAGCGCUGGCUGCUUGGCUGACACACUGCCACCUCCAACACUUAUGCUGAUCCAAGUGUGGGCAUAGCUAGUAAUGUCACUAAAACUGAUCCAAGUGUGGGCAUCAACUAGUAAUGUGACAUAAACUGAUUCAAGUGUGGGCAUCAACUAGUAAUGUGACUUACUGAUCCUAGUGUGAGCAUAACUAGUAAUGUGACUUAAACUUAUCCAAAUGUGGGCAUAAACUAGUAAUGUGACGUAAACUUAUCCAAGUGUGGGCAUAACUAGUAAUGUGACGUAAACUUAUCCAAGUGUGGGCAUAACUAGUAUCGUGACUUACUGAUCCAAGUGUGGGCAUCAACUAGUAAUUUGACUUAAACGAAUUCAAAUGUAGUCAAGAACUAGUAAUGUGACUUACAUUACAACCAACAGUAAAGUGUAUUAAAGGAACAGUAAAGUGUGUUUAAAUCACAGUAGGUUGUGUUAAAUCCUUAUUAAACUGUAGUAAAACUACAGUAAGUAUUGUUACAACAAUGUUAAAUUGAAUUUACUAAGAAAUAUGCUAAUCUUUAAACCAAUUGAAAUAUAAUAUGCCUGACAAUAUAGUCAUAUUAUAAUGAUUCUAAAUUUCUAAAGUAACCAACUAAAUUAAAAUUAACAAAUAAUUAUCAAUGCAUCUGUCUUAACCUCCUGUCUUUUAAUUUGUCUUUACUUUAAAUAAAUGGUUUUCAGUUAUUUGUUGGUAUAUAUAUGCCUGAAUUGAUCUUGUAUUUAUUGAUAUUGUUUGUACAAAAACUAAGACAAGUACAGCCAUUUCAACAAACUUAUAUUCACUUGUUAUUUUCUUGUUAUAUUUUCAUUUUUUAAAUUCAUCUGAAGUAUUGCUAUAUCUCAAAAAAUACCUAUAUAUAUUAUUUUGUUUCAAACAUAGAACAAGUUAGUUUAUCUCUAAAAAAAAUAUAUACUAAUGCUAUAAUACUGAGACAAGAUUUAGAAUGAUUAUAACAUCAACUUAUGAACUACUAAGAAGCACUGAUUGCAGUAUAUUUGCAGUAAACUGUAUUAACACGACAGUAAAGUGUACUAAAGACACAGUAACGUGUAAUAAAUUCACAGUAAAUUUAAACAAUGCUUCAGUAUGUUUGAUUACUGAGUAUUUUUUAUCGUUUUGCUAUUACCCAACUUGCGUAUGACGUCACAAUAUAGUAAACUCAACUUGAUAGUGUGUUGAAAAAUAGUAAAAUGUCUGAAUACAAGAAAUCAUUUCAAAUUAAGACUAAAUUGUCACUUACCACCAAGUGAACCUAAUAAAAGGAUAUAGUCAUAUUUAUACGAAUUACUCAUUUUGAAUAGUAUAGGAUUAUGACUUAGUACAUUCCUAAAAAAUAUUGACUUUAAAUCCUAAUUGUGGUCUCAACCUAAUAUAGGUCUCAAAAAUAUUGAUGUAGACAAAGUGUAUAUUGGGAAUCUCAUGUAAAAUAAUAAAUGUGAUUUUAUAGUAAGAUUUCAGUCGCAUAGAUAUGUCCUAAUACACAAAUAAAAUAUGUUUCAAUGUAAGAAAAAUAAACAGACGAAAGAUAAACAGCAAUUACAAAAUUUCUUUUAUUACUCAAGGAUAAUUAUUUAUUACUUUUCUUCUAUAUAUUCUAUAUCAUUGACAGUCAUAGAUAAUAUUUAAUUCAAAAAUAACACAUCGAAAUGAGCAAAGAUAACAUAGUCUGUUAUUUAAAAUUGCCAUCCUGUAUGUACACAUUAUAAGGAAACUACAUAAUUUAGCGCUAGCUAGACAAAACGCUCAACGUCACUCAGUGGGCGAUGUAUGGAGUUUCUCUGCGUGAUCGAAUCAAAAAUGAGGAGAUCCACAGACGAACCAAAGUCACUGAUAUAGCUCAGGUCGCGAAGCUGAAGUGGCAAUAGGCAGGUCACAUAGUUUAAAGAGCCGAUUGAUGUUGGAGUCCUAAGAUGCUUGAAUGGCGACCCCGCACCUGACAUGUACAUGUUGACUUUUUUUUUAGCUCCCCCCUUUCCCGAACCUCUGUACCGCGUAGGCGUAGUCUCGGUGUGUCAUACAUAUCGCUGUUCAAACCUCAAAUGCAAUUGUUUAUACCGUUGGACAUAUCUAUUCGACUGGAGUAUAUGAGAAAAGCGACGCACACCCGUUGAGUGUAAUUUGUAUUUAAUGUAGCCAACUGUACAUAUUAGCGUUUAAAAUGUGGUUUUAAAAGUAUUAGGUGGAUAUAAUGUUUAAGUGUGUAAUUAAAGCCUGUUGCACUCUAUUGACAUUGAAUUAAACACAUUUUUACACCUGACACCAAAAACGGAUUUUAUGAUUACAAAUGCCAUAGACAGACUGUUUCAAUAUGACUCGAUUUUUUUUUCUGAUUGUGGUAGUGCCGUAGGCUUCUUAAUUGGACCUCAGCGGUGUCACCGGGGGUUUGGGCAAGCGCUGAUGGGGCCCGAAGGCAGACGCAGAGUAGAUGGGCGGAACGACUCUCUAAUAGGCUGUACAGACUACUUUAGUAUUUUAGUGUACUCGACUAAAAUACUAAAGUAGUCCGAACUAGGCCUAAAUGCGUCUCCUUUGAGACUUGGACUUCGUCUUAGAGGGCCGUUCGGGAAGGGUGUUUUGGCCUAAGUGUAACAGUCCGGAGAUAAGUCGAUAUACUGAUAUGAGUAUAGGAAAUACUUCACUUCCUAUCUAUCCUCCAUAAUUGUAACAAUAACUCCAUUAUGAUAGGUGUCAAAAUAUUCCUUAGUGUCUGGUGUAACCAUGUGGCAAAUUCAGAUACAAUGGAGUGCAUUCGCUUCAUUUACGAGUAUAGGAAACUUCGCGUCGGUGUCAUGUUUGUUCGAAUGUUUUUUUUUCUUUCUACCAUAUUUUGCUUAGCAAGUGCGAAUCGAAAUACGAAUCUAUGAAUGACUUGUUUACAUGGAGAUAGUAGUUGUAUGGCAUUGCAAUAGUAAGUAAUUGAUGGAUGGAGCUGAAGGACUCUAUAUAGAUUAAACUGGAAUUUUAGAGAAACAUAGAUGGUAUGGUGCAAAAUUUGUGUUUUUGAGAAUAAAGCUCUUAGUGAAUGAGGUAUCUAAAUAAAUAUCGGUUCCGAUGGUAUUGAUUUGACACAAAAAAAUCGUGGAGAGUAACUAUCUCCAUGUAAACGAGCCUUAACGAAAAUAUCUUAUAGUUUAAUAUUUCUGUGCAUUUCAAAUAACUGAAUUGGCCAGUUGUAAGAUUAAUCGAGUUGUAAAUGUAUUUAUUUUGGUGUAAAAAAAGUUCAUAUAAUAACAUUGUCAACAUUUACGUAAAAAUUGUACCUGUCUAACUUUUUACAUUAUUAGGAUUGUGUAUUUAAAUGACUCAGACAAGCGAAUUGCUUAAAAAAUCCAUGUUGAACAUUAAAAUGAAAUCCUAAAAAUGUUACAAGUUAGAUUGGUAUGUCCCAAAAAUCCCUAACUGGAGUAUAGAGUUUAGUAUUGUACUUCUCCGUGUACGGUUCUGAUUGGGAUACAAUAUUGGAACACUAAUAAGUAAUGUAACAUACAAUACAUACACAGGCAAAGGGGGGCACAGAGGUUUUAGAGGGGUUGCCCCCCUUAGAGAUUUAAAAAAAUGUAUCCAAAUCAAAUGCAACCCUGGUUUAUAUAUAUACUACUGUUACCUAUAUAAAUUCUCAAGUAGAUAUUAAUAGUCACACGGAACUUAAAAUAUCAAAUCGCUGUAAAUUGAACCCUAUGUUGCUUAUUUUGAAACUCAAAAUCGUUUGUCGACUAUAUAUUUUAACGUUAAUAUCGUUUCUACUGAACAUGCAAUUUUUAUUGUGACACAUACUAGGAACUCUAGGUUUCUAGUAUGUUAUUUUUUUUUUUAAAGAAUAUUUGUCGCAUUUUUUUUUAAAUAUGACCAAUAUUCCCAUUCCUCUCCAACUAGUCGGGAAGGACUGUAUUAGGAGUGGGUACGACAAUAGAGCAAUAGGGCGGGGAUCGAACCACCACCCCUCCGUCAUGAGUCCGACCCCUCUAACCGCUGAGCUAUUGAGGCUUUGAAUUUAUUGAGAUCCUGGUCAGAACCGACUAUACUUCGUUAAAAAUAUAGUAUGUAUAGAAAAAUGGAAUAAGUGUAGAUUAGGCCUAAAUUGGUAAAUGACAAUUCUGGUUGUAAACGAAAUGGGUGUGGACGAAAAUGUUAAUUAUUUAUUAUGUAAAAAUAUUCACUCACUAAGCUGUGACUACGUAUUUCUCUGUAAAAUAUCGAAUAUUUUUUUUUGUACUGCAUAUUUAAUUUUUUUGGAAGGCGUUAUUUUGCAGAAAUCUGUGAUGUGUAAUGCUUAACAAGUUUGGUUAAGUUAUGUUUUUUGUAUGGAUGGUUUCUGUAUUAUAUUUUCUUCAAUAGUAACACGAAACUGGUAUUCAUUAUUCAGUUGAUGUGUUUUUUUGAAAAACAGUUUCUAAAAUGGAAAAAAUCUUUUAAACAUUAUUUUUUAAUUGAUUUUAACCAUUGGUUAUCAUAACGAUUAAUAACUGACAAAGUGUAUGUAUAUAAUUAUAGUUCUAAACGUUAAUCACCUUUGAAGUUGAUCGGCGUUUCUGAAACUCGAUCAAAGAUUGCAUUGAUUUAACUUUGACAGUUAGUAAACAUUUAUAAAGUGGCUUUUUUUCCUAUUGGAAACUUAUUUAUGUUAGACUUACCCUAUAUUGGGACUAUGUUCCCUUUAAUGAAAAUAGUCCGUAAUUUUUUAUUCCAAAUAAAAUAUUGACAGUAUUUUGUUAGUUUAUUUAGUUUUACUUUUUCUAUUUCUAUCGCUAAUCACACUGGCAAUACGCUUUUAAAAUAAAAAAGGUAAUCGACAAGUUCGUUGUACCUAGUUAAAUAAUAAUUUUAAGGUUUAUUUAUUUCUUUAUGAUUGAAAUAAAAAAAUAUACUUUCAGUAUUUUGUAAUAUUUUCCGAUAAACAUUAAUUGAUCUUUUAUAAAACUUGUCCUUAUUGAUUAAAAAUAAAAAUACAGGAAGAAAAUUUUUUUAGUGCGGAUAUUUUUAUAUUUUGUACAUAAACAAAAUUUAAUGAUCACGUAUUUUUUCUUUUUUUUUUUAACUCAAAAAUAACAAAAUUAUCGUUAGCUAAAGUUAUUUACUUUUGAACAGAAUUUUAGGGUCACCCUAUUGUGCGUUUAUUUUAUUUUCGUUUGAUACCUAAAGAACGUCACCAGAUCACUUUUAAGCUGAAUAUAUCUUGUUUAGUAAUAAUAUGUACAUUAUUUUGUUAUUUUAGAGACAUAAAUUAAAAAAAAUAAUUACAUAAAAUGUAUCGAACUGUUUGUAGAUUUAUAUUCUAUUAAUGAUACAGAACCACGAAAAAAAAUAUCCGCACUAAAGACCGAAUCACCCUGUAUAACGAAAAUUUACUUUUGGUAAAUUGGUGGCAAUUUUAAUAACUAAUGUUACCAGUUUAAAAUUCGUUUUAAUUGUAACCAGCGAAAUAACUGUAAAUAAAAUUAUUCUACCCUUUUUAACUACGCUACAAUCUGUCGUAGUCACUAUAUUAUAGUAUGCGCCAAACUUCUAGUCCGUUCUGAAUAUUAACUGCGGAGUGUGUAAAUACAUAUCCCAGCGGAGUUAUUACACUAUUCGGCUUGUUGCAACUUCAGAGCGGACUACAAAUAUGGCGGAUACUAAUUAAUUUAAUUGUUCAAAAAUAAUUCUGCGGGUAACAGGGUUUUAGUUAAUGGUAAUCUACUUCAUUCCUGUUUAAAUUGUCACCAAAAUAAAUUUUAGAGAAUGAGGGCAUUGUUUGGAUCUAAUUUCAAAACGUUUCAUUUCUAAAAUUUAAUUUUUUUUUUUUUUUUUAAAUAUAUAUUUGAUAGAUUUCGAGUUUAUUUUAAAUUUUCAUUGCGAGUUCUGGUUAAGCAUACUUAUUUAUCAAGUGAAUGCUGACAAAAACGUGUCCCACAUAUGGGUCAUAUCUAUGUCUCAUGCAUGGCUAGGACGAAUUUCUUUUUGUAAAUAUUUUUUUAAUCUUUGUCGGGAAACCUCUUUGACACAAUAUCCGUAUAAUUUGGUUUUCAGAUAUUCAAGUUUUUUUUUUUAUAUUUGUAGUUCAAUCAUAGUAUUUGCGUUUUAAUUCCACUUGAUUAAUGUUUACGUUUUCAUGUACGUCUGUAUGAAACAGCAUUAUGUAUACAUUUUUUACUCUAUUUUAUAAAUAUAGUUUAAUUUUUUAUUUUAUAGUUAGUGCUUAACGUCAUUCCUACAGCACAAACUGUGUAAUCUACUCGAGUAUUUUAAAGUAUUAAAUACCUAUUGUUUUUUUUUAAAUUACUUAAUAAAAUAAUUAAUGCAGCUAUUAAUUUUAAAAUAAGAUAAUAAAUAAAAUUAAAAUUAGUCUGUGCUUGUGACACAGGUGGAAAUUUGUGUUUAUCUGUGUAACACAGAUACGAAAUAGACAGGACUCUUUAAAUUAUUGUAUUAUCUAGUGUCUAGUGUGUAAUGUCUACCAAGAUAUGUUUUCGCAAACUCCACUCUACUGCCACGUACAUAAGGUUGAAUUUUGAACGCGGAACAUAUUUUGGUGGUGUGGUGGCGUGUAUGAGAAAAGUCUACUAUAGUUUUUAUGUUGUGUGAAUUGGUUGAUUUUAACUAUAAAAUGGAUAUAUAAAUUAUAUAUACGAAUAAAUAAAUAAUUUUUGAAGCACUC